UUCCAUUCCAAAUUUCAGCCAUAUAGGUUCAGUAGUUGCGGCGUUAAAGAAUAACAAACAUCUAGGACUAGGACUAGGAUUAGGACUAGUAAGUGAGUUUUCUUCCAAGUCCAAAUUAAGUAAAUCCAGUGAAGGAAUAACUUAUUUUGGAGUUGAAAGAAAACAGCUUUUAUUUAGGAUUUUAUUCAGAUUCUGAUUUUCCUAAACAAGCAUUCAAAGGCAAUCUACUUUUAAUAUCCUAGGCCACGGAAUAGGCAAUAGGCCGCCACUUGUUUACUUCCGAUUUAUCUCAUUACUGAACGAGUUACUUUGAUAGAGGUCGUUCGGUGGAAAUGUGGAAAAUUGGAAAAUUGUGAUGGUGAUUGUGUUUACCGCGACUAAUGAAUUUGGGCCCGAUGACGCGUACGCAGUCCCACCGUAUUGGCCAGCCAUGGGAAACGCGGCGACGGCUCCAGAAAAUGGCCAAGUCUUGGACCCCCACACCCCCCACAGUGCGGAAGGGGUGGCCAAGCCCUACUCCGCCACACCAGAAGCACAGACUCAAGAAAAGAAAGAAAAACAUUGCAGUUUCAUCAUAAAAGUUGUUUAUUUAGUGCUGGCAGUUAUCAAUAUAGUCAAAUCAGUAGCUCUAAUAGCAGUCGCAGUGACGACAGCGAUUGCGAUAAAGAUAUUCUCUGACGAGCAGUCGGGGCGGCGGGUGGCGAUGAUCAUUAUAGCUAUCACAGCCGCCAUCACUCUGUCUAUCGCUAUCUACGCGAUAGUCGCCGUGGCCACUAAGAAGACGCAGAGGAUUAUGAUAGCAUCAGUAGUGCUUCUAGUGCUGGCGAUCAUCCAAGCUGUGCUGAUGGGCAUCGCUACAGAGCUGACGGACGAGGACGAGGUGAAACUGAACCGCGCGCUGUCGGACUCCUUCCGGUUAGCGCGGGAGGACUCGCCAAGACACGUCAAACUUUGGAAUAACAUUCAACAUGAUUUGAGCUGUUGUGGAGUCUACGGAGCGGACGACUAUCGUAACUCGAUGGUGCCUGACAUCUUCUCCCCUGACGUGCCGAUCUCGUGCUGCCCCGGCUACCAGCCCGACCGGUCCGCGCUCGUGCAGGAGAGGGAGCGAGAGGCGUGCAAGGCCAAGAAGGAGUACUACGAGGUCGGCUGUAGGGACCCCAUCAUUGAACUGUACCGGGACACUGCGAGGACUGUGCUGGGUGUUACCAUCAUUUUGAUCUUCUUUAUGGUAACUCUCUCGGUCGUGGGUAUGGUCAUGGUGAAGCUAUGCAAGCCUAAGCAAGAGGAGCCUUCCGAGCCACCGCCACAAACAUCUGACAAACCAACGAAACCUGCUAAAGUAUAACAAAUACAACCCCUUUGAAAUGCUUUUCUUUGACUUGUUUAUAUCCGUUUACGAACAAAAAAUUAUAUGAAAAUACUCAAUUCUGAAUGAAAAUCGAAAUAAUACUUAUUAGGUGUAAUUUGUUCCUAAAAGAAACAUUUGUAAGUACCAGUGGCGAAGGAUGGUAUAUUGACGAAGGUAAGCCGUCCCAAAGAAACAAACUACGGUCAUGCCGCUCGAUACAAAUUACGAUUCCUCAUACAUCCACACGUAUAUAUUAAUUACAAGAAUUUAUAUGUAUGUAUGGAUUCUUAAAAGGUAACCCGGCGGGAAUCGGCCUCUGUGGACUCUUCGCCGCUGGUAGGUACCUACCUAAGUUUGUAAGAAAGACUGAAUUAAAUGUUUUACUAAAAUGUAUAAAGACUGAGUUCGUACCUAGAUAUUAGGAAAAUAUCUGAGUUUACCCUAAAUUAUAUUGUAAAGGCAUUUCAAAGGCUAACUGACUCGGAACAUAGGUACUUAAAUCGGUCAUUUUCCAUCAUUUGACUAACACGAUAGAGAUCUCAAAACUGAUGUUACCUGCGAACAAUUAGGUAGAUAAUAUGCCUAAUUAAAGUUAUUUUAGUUAAGUAAAGCAUAUUUUUGUAGGAAUAUUGUAAUAAAUACAAAUAAGUAAAC